AUGAACCCAGCAACAUUUUCUAUUCUUUGCCAAAUUUCGAAAAAGAGAUUGCAGUCUCGUUUUUUUUCUAAAAAUGCUGUGACUCUCAGCAGUGCUAUAUCACAACGUCAGACUGGCAUCACCUCAUUCUAUACUACCAAUAGAUCUUUCUCGACAUCAACCAUUGCUUAUAAAAAAGGAGGUAAAGCAAAGGGCAAGGCAAAGAAUAAUGUUGAACCUGAAGCUGAAGAAGAAGAAUUUGACUCAGUGGGAUUUUUGCGUGAUGUGGAAAAGAAGUAUAAAGAUUCUAUAGAAGUUUACAAAAAGAAGUCCAGUGAAAGCAAGCUGGGAAAAACCAACACCAAGAUCUUCGAUAACUUGAGUAUUCCUUUGGCUCAUAAUCAAUCUGCGAAAUUCACUGAUGUUGCCCAAACCACUCUCAAAGGAAGAAACUUGCUCAUCACUCUUUUUGAUCCAAAUGACUCUAAGCAUGUUGUCUCUGCGGUUCUUGGUGCUGGAUUAAACUUGAACCCUCAGGUUGACCAAAAAAAUCCACAAUUGUUGAAAGUUCCACUACCUGCCCCUACUGCUGAAGUCAAAAUUGAAGCUGUUAAGAAUUUAAAAUCUGUGUUUGAAACUUUCAAAAGCUCCUCAAGUAAAUUCGCUUUCACUUCCAUCAGAUCCGAUGCCUUGAAGGAAUUGAAGAAAUUGAAAGGUGGUGAUGAAGUCAAAAAAAUUAUGAAAAAUGUUGAAGACUUGAAUAAGCAAUAUAACAAGAAACUCGCUGAUCAAUUUAAGGAUUUAGAAAAAUCUAUGAUGCAAUAA